UUUCUUUUAUUUAGUUAAAAUAGUAGUAAUAAAUGUAAAAAUGUUACAAGAUUUCUUGAAGGCAAAACAUCCAUGAAUUUAAAAAAAUGCAAUUUUCAACUAAAGAAUUUACAAUUGGAACUACUUUAAAUAAUAUUACAAUCAACCAUGUUGAUGAACCAUUGAUCCAGUACCUAGAUGAGUUGAUUGACAUUUGUACAUUAGGUGUUUGUUUUGAAAUCCAUCGUUCUCUAAGAUUAGGUUGCUGGUUUCUUGAAGAAGCAGAAGAGUCUAGAAAAGAAUAUGAAAUAGUUGAUGCCACUGGUUUGGAUGUUUUUGGGCAACAACCUGUAAAGAAACAACAAGAAUGCAUUUGUCCAAAUUGUGCACGUACACUUGCAGCUAGCAGAUUUGCCCCACAUCUAGAAAAAUGCAUGGGUAUGGGGAGAAAUAGCAGCAGAAUAGCUAGCCGAAGACUUCAAGCAACAGGUCGCAUAGAUGACUUUGAUGCAGAUGAAUUAGAUUAUGAUUGGAAUUAUGAAAUCGAACCAAGAAGUAAAAAAAAUAAAAGAGAAAGAGAUACCAAGGUAUCUCCAAAAAGAAAUAAGUAUAGAAAAGUUGAAAUUGGUCUCUCAUCGCUUGUAACUCAUGCAAAUGGUAUGUCUCGCCCAGAUACGCCAUGCUCCACACUUAGUGGAGAACUUAUUGGUGGUAUAAAGAAUGGUCCCACAAUCCAAGCUCUUGAAUCACUUGGACAAGAAGAAAAAGUUGCAUUACUAACACAGACUUGUGGGGCCAUAUCAGAACACACGGGGAAAAUGUGCACACGAACUGGAAAGUGUGUCCAGCACACUGAUGAACAAAGGAAAAGUGUCAGAGGUCUUCUUCUUGGUGAUACUGAUGAUAUUCCAUGGCCAGCAAGUUCACGUCCAGAUAGUUCUGCUCUUGAUCAAGACGAUGUACAUGUUGAUGUUGAUGGAUGUGAAGAUAUCGAUGAAGGGGCGCUUCUAAGAGAACUUACACCUUUGCCUUGGGAACAAGAUUCAAACAUUUCAACUGGCUCUGAAUCGACAUCUGCUUCGUUGCAUACAUCACCAGUGAUAAAAAAGAAGACAUCAAAUGCCAGAAAAAAUCGAUUUCGUUGAUAUUGAAUGAAUUUAUUUAAAAUUUGUAUUUAAAUUAGUAAUUACUAAAUAAAUUGUAUUUAAAUUAGUAAUCAUAUAAAAA